AUGGUCACGGUGUCGGAGCUGGUGCGAAGCUGCUUGACCAAGUUCACCUUCUUGGUCGCGUCGCCCGCGCUGUUUGAACAUGCGGAGGAGAUCUCUUUGCAGUUAUGGAAAGAUGAGAUGGGCCGACUGCGUAUAUGGUCGGCAAAUAUUGGUGCACAUCAAAGGGGUCAAUCAUCCCUUGACUUUCGCCUAAGGGAUGCAUCUCACAUAAAGAGUCAAACGAUCAACCUUCUUCAAGGACUUGAAGACCUUCUGAACGAUCUCAAAGAAGUUCUCGAGGAGGCUUCAGACGAUGAAAGCCCAGAGAAUGUCGAAAUACCGGAGGAUGAUGAUACGACUGAGAUACAACAAAUACACAAAGACAUUGUCGAGACAAUCCAUCAUCUCUAUCGCAUGUCCAUGAUCAUCCGGACGCCAGCCCAUCACGAUCGAGUUCUCGGGACUGACAAGUUAGAUGCCCAGCCCUUCAAGCACUGGGCUCACAAACAUGCUUCCGACAAGUAUCCCCUUGCGGAUGCUGUAGUUCUCGAGUGUGUCAGUUCCGCAAUGGCAUUGCAGAGAGCCAUCUUAAAGUACCGUGAAAGGCAUCAUGCCAAACUCAGCCAGAAUCUCGACGACGUCAAAGAGGGCGAUCGAAAAUCAACUAUCCUUUCAGAAACAGUCGCGACGGAUAUGUGCCGUGAUCUAGCUCCUGAUCUCAUCGAGAUUCUCUCUGUGGCAGAUACAGCUGAAACACAAACUUCCUAUGCAGGAACGUUGAUCGACGGCACAGAGGCCAAAAUCCCGCCCUUACCCAAAGAAGGUGCCAACAAAACACCUUUUGAAUGUCCCUAUUGUUUCUUAAUUAUCUCAGUUCGAGAUACGCGAGCAUGGGCUCGCCAUAUUUUCCGCGACUUAAUGCCAUAUGUGUGCAUCUUCCCGGGUUGCUCUGGCAAGCUUUAUGACAGUCGUAGACAUUGGUAUGGCCAUGUUGAGAAUGCACAUGCAGAUUCAAUGAGAGCCCCUAGAUUUGACUGCUCUAUCUGCAAAGCUUCUCUUUCUAGUGUGAUGUAUGAGCGGCAUGUGAGUCGUCAUUUGGAAGAGCUGGCUCUCUUCCUUCUUCCUCGAACAGCGGAAGGCGAAGAAGACAGCAAGCAAGACACAGAUGAAAAUGCAGCACACGCUUCGAGUGAUGAAUCGAGUAAGAAGUCUCAUGACGAUGAAUCUCCACCGAAACCUUUUGAGCUUUUCCAGUGGAUACUCGAUGAAGCGGAACCUCUCUCAAGCAUUUCGAAAUCCUAUUCCGGUGACAAGGAAGGACCUAGAGAGAUUGACCAUCAUCGGAUACCAGCACCAAAUAAGUCUUAUGACGGUUCAGAACCUGGAGAGACCGAGGGCAGAGGCGUGUCACCUUCAAAUUUCGAGGCUGUCAAUGAUCAAAUCAGCGAGAGAGACCAUGAAACCGAUCUUGAAAGGACUCCUCUCAAGCCCGAAGUUGACAUAAACCACACUUCGCCCUUUGAGAAAUUCAGAAGGAAUGAUUUCCUCGUUAUGAAACACCGUGAAAUGUAUCAUGACUUAUCAUUUCCCGAGAACAGCAUUGAUAGUGGAAUGUUAACAGUGGGCGCAGUUCGGAUGGCAGCAGCUGAAGUACUUGGUGCAACAAGUGAACAGUCCAGUCUUCUGCUUCUGCAUAGAGGGCGAAUGCUGAAAGAUAAUAAGACUACAUGUAGAGCGAUAGGGCUCAAUAACGGAAGCCAGCUGUCGUGCUUUUCUGAAGAGCUUCCACUCAAUGGGCCAGUCAUCGAGAGGCUUAAAGAAGAUCCAGCGCUAUCUUCGUCGGGUGGUUUGGACAACCCUGCACUAUCUCCCAAUAUGAAGUGGUUCCCAACUCGGCUGGCGCAAAUCGCUGCAUUGACCCGCUGGCUGCAAGAGGAGAUGGUUCCGUUGGUUAAUGAGUACGUGGCGAACCCGCCGAGGAACCCUGAAAAACGAGAACGGGAAUAUAAGAGAUUGUCCGAGACGAUACUUUCACAGGUGUUGUUGAAAGUGGAUAACAUUGAUACAGUAGGCGAUCAGACAGUUCGCAUGGCACGCAGAUCCCUCGUCAAGGACGCGCAGGCGGCUAUUAAACAGCUGGACACAAUUUCGAGGCUCAGUUUCCUCGAGAUGCUUCAUGUCGAAGACAAAACCAAGACCAACGAGCCCAAAAAGAAAAAACAUACAAGCCCAGUGUCGUCUCGGCGAUCAUCCAUAGAAAGCAUUGUCACUCCACAGGAUCAAGUCAAUGACCUUUCAGAGCAUUUCCUUUCCAUGGAGAAUGCGUAUGAGGAUGGUGAGUCUGGAGACAACAGGAGCACCAUGACAACCACAACCACAGAACGCCUGAACGCUUCAUUGGCGUUUUCGGAAGCUGAUAUCUGUUUGGAUCGCCUGCGGAAACAAUACACCAAUCUCUGUGCAGAGUUGGGAAAUCUGUCAAGCAGUCGCGAGAAAAAAACAGACGACUGUUUUGAACUCAUCAGGGAAAUAACGGAACAAAUUGACAGGGUAUGGGAGAUACUGUCUCGGUACCCAGCUGAGAUCGCUGAGGUCCUGCCCCGUCUCCAAGGGUUGCAAGGUAUGAAGGAUCAAGUUCUUGCAGCUCUUGAAAUAGAAAGAUUCGAGGGAGACCAGCGAAAUCAAUAG